UCUGACCAGACCAGCUGCCAUUGGGCCCCAGCAAGUUUGUGCUAAUGGAAUUGAUUGAUUGAUGUGCAAAUCAUCAUUCCAGAUUCCAAGAUGGCUACUGUUCUUGUUAGGGUUUUUCUCAGUCUGCUGCAGGAAGGGAUGCUCGCCGAGGCAAGAUGUUUCAUGGGCAACCAAAACGUCGUCAUUUUGGGGUUUGUUAGUCUUUCUGAUACAAAGGAUGUUCAACCCCACAAAAUCUCAUUUGACAGCAUCACUCUUCCCUAAUACAGGGAAAUGCUAUGUAAUAUGGAUAUUGUAUUUACUGCUCCAGCUUUCUUUUCUGUCAGAGCAACGGGGUGUGGGUUUCAGGCAGAUAUGCUCUACUUUCAGGAGCUCAGUCUGCUCUGAUAAUGGCGGUUCUGCAUGUGGGUGGAGGCAUUCCUUCCAUGCUCUAAGGGAGGAGGAACGGGUGUAUUAUCCAACAAGAUUGGAGCUAGAUAUUGACUGGCAUCCGUUUUUACUCAUUGAGAUGAAGACGAGACAAAAGAAUGGUUGGCAUGCUAUCAUGCCUUUUUGUUCGGGAAGCAAAUCAGUCACCCGGUUUUGCAUGUUUCCAAAAGUGAAGUCAGCUGGCCUUAAUCCUAGCUACACACCAGUUUAUUUGAAUGUGUAUGACUUAACACCUGCCAAUGGUUAUGUCUAUUGGGCAGGCCUUGGUAUCUUUCACUCUGGAGUGGAAGUUCAUGGCGUUGAAUAUGCUUUUGGAGCACAUGAUUUUCCAUCAAGCGGUGUCUUUGAAGUUGAACCUCGGCAAUGCCCUGGUUUCAAGUUUAGGAAGUCAAUAUUUAUGGGGACAACAUGCUUAGAUCCUAACCAGGUUAGAAAGUUUUUGGAGCGCCAGUCCACGAGCUACAAUGGUGACACAUAUCACUUGAUUGUUAAGAACUGCAACCAUUUUUGUGAGGAUAUAUGUUACAAGCUGACUGGAAACCGGAUACCGAGUUGGGUAAAUCGACUGGCAAGAAUAGGUUCACUGUGCAAUUGCAUACUGCCUGAAGCCCUCAAAUCUUCUACUGUGGGACACGAUCCCAAUUUUUCUGGCUAUGACAAUGAAAAGAAGAGACUGAGAAGCGCCUUUAGUUGCUGGUCAUCCAUCGCUAUGCCUCAGAAGGAGAUAUCAUUAUCUUCAUUAUUUUGGCACUCCCAUUGUAAAGGCUGUGUGCCACCAUGGGAGCUUAAAAGGUCUAAGCACGUUUCAUUGAAGAAGGGGUAAGAAGAGUGUUCUUGUUCCUUUGCGAUUUCUUCCAGAUGAAAGGUUUUCAUCCAUCUUUCUCCCAAUUUUGAGUCAUUGGUGGAAAUGCUGUCGCCUGGAGAAGUGCAAGCCAUUUGUUUUGAGUGAAUGUCAAUGCAGAAGGCAUUGUCUGUUUUCUUCUCAUGUCAUCGUUUGCUGUCAAUUUAUGUUUAUUGCAUUUGUAAGAGUUCUUUUUUUCUUCCCUGACGUUUGAACUAUUAACAUGCAAAAUUCAUGUUAAUACGAAGUAGAAGGGAAUGAAGUGGAUUGCUGAAUUGCCUUUAUGUUGAUUUUGGGCAUUUUAUGUUUUUCAUUGAGAAAAUGAUUUUGUAUCUUUGAUGAGAACACAUGUUGUUUGCUCUUACUUAAUGUUGUUAUCCCAAACUUUUGUGCAA